CGCGAGCACGCGCACGCGCACUCUGAUUAACGGACAGCGCUGUCAGAUUUCGACCACAAGUUGGGUUCAGGACAAACGAGUGACUAAAACAGCCGAGUUACGUUGAAAACGGUUUGUUUGCUUUCUUUAUGUCCAGUUCCUUUCGGUUCGUCGAAGUGUCUAAAGGGGCGUGUGGCUGUGUGUGUGCUCAGUCGCUGCUGCUCACUGCUACAGUGUCUGGUAACUUAACGUUAUACGAGCUCUGGGUGAACGGCUCCAUCUGUCAGGACCAAACGCCCUGACAAAAAAAAAAAACUUAUUACAGCAAGGGAAUUGUUUGUUGAAGCCGGUGAUACGUGCCGCCGCAUCCUCGUGGCUCUGUAACCAUGGGUAACCGGGGGAUGGAGGAGCUCAUCCCGCUGGUGAACCGGCUGCAGGACGCCUUCAGCGCCAUAGGACAAAACUGCGACCUGGACCUACCUCAAAUCGCGGUGGUCGGGGGUCAGAGUGCAGGCAAAAGCUCUGUACUGGAAAAUUUCGUUGGCAGAGAUUUCCUGCCAAGAGGCUCUGGAAUUGUUACAAGGAGACCUCUUGUCCUUCAGCUCAUCAGUUCAGCUUCAGAGCAUGCAGAGUUUCUGCACUGUAAAGGAAAGAAGUUUACAGACUUUGAUGAUGUCCGACGGGAGAUCGAAGCAGAGACAGACAGAGUAACGGGAACAAACAAGGGCAUUUCUUCCAUUCCCAUUAACCUUCGUGUCUUCUCUCCAAAUGUGUUGAACCUGACUCUGAUAGAUCUUCCAGGCAUAACUAAAGUGCCAGUGGGAGACCAGCCUGCUGACAUUGAAUACCAAAUCAGAGACAUGAUCAUGCAGUUCAUCUGCAAAGAGAAUUGUCUCAUCCUCGCUGUGACGCCCGCUAACAUGGAUCUGGCUAACUCUGAUGCUCUUAAACUGGCCAAAGACGUGGAUCCACAAGGCCAUCGCACCAUCGGUGUGAUCACAAAGCUGGACCUGGUGGACAAGGGCACAGAUGUUAGGGACGUGCUGGAGAACAGGUUACUGCCACUGCGCAGAGGUUAUAUUGGUGUGGUAAAUCGUAGUCAGAAGGACAUUGAGGGGAAAAAAGACAUCAGUGCAGCUCUGGCAGCAGAGAAGCGCUUCUUCAAGUCACAUCCAGCAUACAGACACAUGGCAGACUACAUGGGCACUCCAUACUUACAGAGACUCCUCAACCAGCAACUUACCAACCACAUCCGUGACACGUUACCAGCAUUACGUAGUCGACUACAAGCCCAGCUUCUUUCACUGGAUAAAGAGGCUGAAGAGUACAAGGGUUUGAAUCCAGAUGAUCCCUCGCGCAAGACCAAGGCUUUAAUGCAGCUGAUACAGCACUUUGGGCUUGAUUUUGAGAAGCGUAUUGAGGGAUCUGGGGAUCAGGUGGAUACAGUGCAGCUUUCUGGAGGAGCCAAAAUCAACCGCAUCUUUCAUGAGCGGUUUCCCUUUGAGCUGGUCAAGAUGGAGUUUGAUGAGAAGGAAUUACGAAGGGAGAUCAGUUACGCAAUUAAAAACAUCCAUGGCAUCAGGACAGGCCUGUUCACACCCGAUAUGGCGUUUGAAGCCAUAGUCAAGAAACAGAUUGUAAAACUUAAAGGACCUUGUCUGAAGUGUGUAGACAUGGUGAUCCAGGAGCUUAUCAACACAGUACAGCAGUGUACCAACAAGUUAGAGUCUUUUCCAAAAUUACGAGAGGAGACUGAGAGGAUAGUAACCACUCACAUCCGGGAACGAGAAAGUCAAACCAAAGACCAGGUUUUACUCUCAUUAGAGAUUCAGCUUUCUUACAUCAAUACCAACCAUGAAGAUUUUAUUGGAUUCGCAAACGCUCAACAGAAAACCAGUCAACUGAGCAAUAAGCCUUCAGCUGGGAACCAGGGUGCUGCGCCUCCUCCACCCAGUCAAAUUGUACGAGUCCAGUGUCUGUCAUUCGCAAAGGCUGGGUAAUCAUCAACAACAUCAGUCUGAUUAAAGGAGGAUCCAAGGAGUAUUGGUUCGUGCUCACCGCAGAGAGCCUAUCCUGGUUUAAAGACGACGAGGCGAGUAACUGCAUUUAAGUGUGCUGUUUCAUUCGUUUAAUGGCUUUCUAUGGUGAAAGUACAGUGUUUGCAGGAACUCAAGGGCUGGUCUCACACUGUGUGGCCUGUCAGGCGGGCUGCCAUCUGUCUGCCUGUCUGUGCCUGCUGUACAGGUGCAGGAAGUUCUGCACAGCAAGUGUAGACAGGCAGACAGACAACGCUCUCAGUCAAUGGCAGCACAGCCUGCUUCUCCCAACCGGAAGCCGGAAGCAAAGAGCAAGAGAGAGGAUAAAGAUAAUGUUACUAGAAUAUUGAAACAUUGGUUGUAAACAUUUGUAUUCACAUCAUUACAUUUAAUACACGUCAGAAUUUUGAUAUUGUUAACCAAGACCGUACACUGUAAAAGAAAAUACUGGUUGUCUUAAAAUUUAAAUCAAAUGAACCUUUUGAGUAAUUUGAACUUAUUUUAUAUUGAACUGACUUGCAUAACUCAUCAAAUUAAGUUGGAACACGAUUAACAUAGUUUAAUAAAUUACAAUUAAGUGAAGACUGUAAAAAUAUUGUUAUUUAGUUGAAUAAACUAAACUUUUUAAGUCAUCUCAACUUUAGUCAAAGUAACUAAAAAGAUUAAGUUUAACUUUGUAAAAAUACAAAAAAAGUUUACCUGAUACCAAAUGAAAGUGACAAAAACAUUUGUUGUGGUCAUUUUUACAGUGCAAUAUUCAAAUGCAGUAACCCAAAAAUCAAACUUCCACUCGUUGAUUUCAAGUUUUGACGAAUCCAUCUUUCCCCCCGGCUUUUUUUCCUGUCUAUUUUGCUUGCUCCCUCUUCUUAGUAUACCCCCACCGACUCUCUGCUUCCAUUGGGAAUUAAGGCAUUUGGUCUGGAUCACCCUGACACAGCUGGAAGCGCCCCAAGUCAAACUAACGCACAAACACACACUCUCUCUCAGACACACAUGGAUAUUGAUAUACAGAGAAUCUUAAACACACACAGACACAGACACACUUACACUCACCGGCCGGCAUGGCUGCCAAAUGUAUGCGACUAUAUAAGCAAACACUAAUUUUUAAUGAAUACUGAAACUCUAAACCCACGCCGCACUUCAAACAGAGGAAUUCGUAUAAACACAGAGUAUAUUUUUCUGAAAUUCAUGCACUCUCAGCACUGAAAAUACAUACAAUCAAUCAAUUUAGGUUAAUUUCUAUAAAGUUGUGUUGAAUUAGUUACAGUAUAAAAAGUAUUAAAAAAUAUGAUUGAAAUAUGUGUUAACAUGAUCUCGACUAGAUUUGUUUUUUUAAUUGUGGACUUCAGGAGUUGGAAGGAUUCCUAAUGUUCUGCUUAAUUCAUUAUCUGAACUUUCUUUCGAUUAUGGAAGUGUGCACAAUCCCUCUAAAUUUGGCCUGGACUGUUCAGUUACACAAUAAUUAUUAUUUUUUACAUUCAAUAUUUGACGUUACACUAAAUCUGUCCAUCUUAUUCUCUGUCUGCCUUCUUUACUUUCUCCAAAUUUGAUUCUGUGUCAGUGGUUGGCAGUCUCACUGGGGCCAUACACAUUCCUGGGUGGAAAAUUGUAAGACUUUCUCCAAACACCAUCCAGCCUCCUAGAGCCUGCCGAAAGAGAGAGAGAAGACAAGAGAUACAGCCCCUCACCCAUUGCAGCAGAUCAGAUUGCAAUUCUCACACAUUCUACACACACACAUUAGCAUUCACUUCAAUACAAACUGGCAUCAGAUGUUCCCUAAGUCUAUCUGAUGGCGUUCAUAGGCCGAGACUGCUGGUUUGGGUUAAUCAGCGCCCAACACUAAACAGACACACAUUCCUGCAGUCGUCAGUCUCUCUCUCUUUCUGAGCUGAGCUGCAUGAAGGAAAACAGAUGAACCCCUCCACUUCUGUAAAGAUUCAACCUAAUUACUUUCUUUUCACCUCUCAUCUGUGUCUUAACAUGCAUUCGCGCUGUAAUUCUUGCUAAAUGAACACUUCGAAAGGCCUUCAGAACAUCUCAAGGCUGAAACCGUAAAACUAGCCGGACACCUGGAGCUUUUAUAUAAACCAUAUGUGGCUCGAGUGCAUGCAUGUUUACAUAUACACGAAAGUUUUACUUGUAAUUUCAUUUUCAUGCUAGGUUUAGCUUCACGUAAUGAAGAACGUCUAAGCAUUGAAUCAUCAGGAACCUUUUAUCCAUUACCGCCAACUUUGAAUCGACAUGCAAUUUCACCAACAUUGGUGUUGAUACAGUAACAAAACCAAUCAGAGUCUUUUCACCUGUCGUUGUGUGUGUUUUUGCUUGCGUUUGAGAGUUUGUUCCUCAUCGCCGGGAGUCCAUGCACAGUCUAACCAAUGUGCAGACUACUGUACACCAGUAUGAUCCUGAACAGGUAGUCUGAACACUGGGAUGACGGAGCAGGAGAUAGUUCCAGCCCUCCCUCUCUCUCUCUUUUCAACUCUUUAUCUACUUCAAUCACUCAGUCCAACCCUGCUGGCCUCGACCUUCUCAGGAGGCGGUAGAAGAUGCGAAAAUAAACACCACCAAAAUAGUCUCCAUUGCUUCUAUCUGCUUCUCAGUCGGGAUGACGCCAUUGGAGAGAGACACUCCAGAUGUUCGUUUACCCAUUGUUGAUCUGCUGCUUCCCUGCGACGGUUUGCAGUAUCCAGCCUUGACGUGGCACUUUCGCUCCCAGAGCCGGCUAUCUGGCAGGACGCUCAUGGAAGGCAUAGCAAAAAGGAGGGAAUGAGGAGUCAGAGAAGGAAGGAGAGAGGGAGAGAGGAGAGGGAGGGACCCCACUGGCCAUAUAAGG